GGGAAGAACCACAUCGUGACUGGAUCUGGAUUUUAGGAAAGUUUAAUUCCCAAGGCUGUGGAUUUUGGCUGUUCCUAUAUGAGAUAUUCAGCAAAUUGUGUUUUUAAUUUGCCGAUUGCAGAUUUUUCUUUCUAGUCAAGACCUCAAACACAAUGGCCGGUCCGGUUCCAGCUCUACCAAACACUUUUACUCCCAGCUCUGACAGUGUUUACUCAGACCAGUUUGGUUUCUACUCUCUGGACUGUAAUGUGCCUGGACUAUCUAAAGUCAUCUUAGACAAACUCAACAUGAAGGACUACAAAGAUUACAGGGCAGCAUUGGAGGGGAAAGGGAAGGUUGGAUUUCGUUCCCAUAAAGAAAUGUUUCAAAAUUUGGAAGACACAUUUAAAUUCUGUGCCUGCUGCUCCAAACUUCCAGCCAACCUGCCAGACCCUAAAGCACUUAAACGCUGCAUUAAGUGUCUAAACGUGUAUUACUGCAGUAAAGACUGUCAGAGGAAGGACUGGUCUUUGCAUAAGAAGUUCUGUAAAAUUCUUCACAAGGUUUCCAUCGACAGGCUGGUGGAGUGGCUUGUUCACACCGGAGAUCUUCCUUUCUCUACUGAGGUGUGGUCUCGCCCUGCUAAAGAGGUGAGGUGUUGGGAUGACUGGCUGUCUAUGCAGGGUGAACUGACACCCCGGCUGGAGCCCAUCCUGUCCGGCCAAAACAUGACAGAUCUCUGGACCAAUGCCUGCCGACCGCAUCCGGAGGAGGCGGAGCUUUGCGAGUCUGUGUGGCGGGUCUGCAGCGAGUUUUUCUCUCGGUCAUUGACUGUGGGUCUGGGGAUUCAAAUGUCUCGCUUGGACCCGUAUUCUCGGCCUCUGACCGUACAUCUGGUUGGCGCCGGUCACAAUGAGACCCUGGGAGCCAGAACGACAGACAUGGACGAGCUCAGCCGCAUGUUCCCGGGGCACCAGGGUCUGGAGGUGGUGAUGGUGGGGCCAGAGGUGGUGAAGGGGCCCAUCAUGAGGCCCCCACUGAGGGCUUUCGGGCCCCGAGGAAGAGUGUACAUCAGUGCUUACAAGGGCCUCUAUCAUCAGUUCUGGGAGGAUGUUGUAGAGAAAGGAGAAGCAGCCAAACCAGAUCUAGUGGUUGGAUUUCACCCAGGUUUCCAUGCAUCUCAGGGUUUAGGAGAGGGCUGGCUGCCCACCUUACUGCUGCUCAGAGACUACAACAUCCCAUCCAUAUUCACCAUGUACAAUGAUGCAGAGCUGCAGUAUUCUCUUCAGAUUCUAGCAGAACUUGAGAUGGACAUUAAAGACACUGGGCCAAACCCCUUCAGAUCCCAGAAACCUGAGCAGGUUCAGUCCAGCCCAAACAAAUCGCCCAGUUACUGCAACGCCUUCUACAUUUACUUUCAGGGGCUGCUGGAGGCACAACAAGAGGAAGAUUAGUUACCUACAGUUAAACUGCCUUAUAAACCAUCUGAAUGCAUUUCUCACAAGUCUCUACAUUUCUUUAGUAUUUGGACGUACGUCACAAAAACUGCACAAAAUGUACAAAUUCUUCCAAAUAAACAUUAAAAGCUCAAUUAUCCAUUGCAGAAUUUUUUUUUAAUUUUCAAUGCCACUUUCAUUUAAAGUAAUUAUUUAAGACAAGCAUUUGCAGCACAUUUUAUUAAACAUUCAGUUCUCCCACACAUAUAAAAAUGAAUGAUGAGACCACAUUAGAUAGUUCAGUUUUAUUAUACUCAUAUAUUGUUAUUGACUCGUAUUGAAAAGUAGGUUGAGUUUCUCUUUAGAUUCCACUACUGUGAAUAUUAUUGAUUUGAUAUGGAAUUGUUAU